AUGCCGCCGCGAACGGUGAAGCCGAGGGAGGCGGAGACGCGAGCGAGCGCACCGGUGGACGCGCACGCGGAGAUGAAUUUGACGGUGCUGCGAGCGUCGGACGCGUCGAUCGAAUCCAUCGUCGCGCAGUCCAAGCACUGCGUGCUGUAUGGAUUCGACGUGAACUCCCGAUCGUGGGUGCGAAAGAGCGUGGAGGGUGCGCUGUUCGUCGUGCGACGAUCGAGCGCGCCGCGCGAUGCGUUCGUGGUGCUGAACAGAGCCGGGAGCGAGAACUUUACGCGGGAGAUCGGCGGCGAGGCGUUUGAGCUCGAGCGGUCGCCUCCGUACCUCAUGUAUCGAGUUGGAAGAGAGGUGCACGGGAUAUGGUUUCACGACGAAAGUGAGUGCGAAACGAUGUGUGAAGCGUUCGAGCGGGUGAUGUCUGGGUCGAGCGUUGGUUCGGUGAGCGCGGGCGGUUCGAUCGACGAACGGGCGACGAGCGAUUCUCUGAGCGCGUUGUUCGCGUCUGCGAGCGUGAGCGGAGGCGAGAAUCCAAAGAGAGACGUGAAGGCAAGCGUCGUGAAUGGAUCGAACGGUACUACGGUCCCGCGCGUGUUACAGCCACCGCGUAAGGUUAUGGGGACGUCCACGGAGGCGCCACGCGCGACGCGAUCGAAAUCGGCGUCAGUGGCGACAACCGCCAUGGCGGUCGUCAAACCCGCCGCCGUGCGCGCAGCCUUACUAGAACUCAUUGAGGACGACACAUUCAUCGAUCGCAUCACCAAGGCGAUCGCGAGACACUCGUAG